AAAACUGGCUCUGAAAUAUCAUCCUGACAAGAAUCCGGACAAUCCAGAGGCUGCAGAAAAGUUUAAAGAGAUCAACAAUGCUCAUGCAACACUGACUGAUGUGUCGAAGCGAAACAUAUAUGACAAGUAUGGAUCGUUAGGUCUCUAUGUGGCAGAACAGUUUGGUGAGGAAAAUGUUAACACAUACUUCAUGCUUUCAAGCUGGUGGGCAAAGGGCCUGUUUGCAGUCUGUGGCCUGCUGACAGGCUGCUACCUCUGCUGCUGCCUGUGCUGCUGCUUCAACUGCUGCUGUGGCAAGUGUAAACCCAAAGCACCCGAAGGGGAAGAGCAGGAGUUUUGUGUGUCUCCAGAAGAUUUGGAAGAGCAAAUUAAGAACGACAUGGAAAGAGAUGGAGAAACUCCUAUCAUGCUUCAGCCAACUAAUGCAACCGAGAAGACACAGCUAAUAGGGGACAGCCAUCGGAGCUACCGCACAGACUCCUAG